CUUAUCUGGUGACAAUUUAUUUAUUUAUUUAAAACUAUUUACUUUAAAAAAUUUAAAAAUGACAGUUCGGGCGCGGUGACGGAAGUGACGCCACACGUAGCACGCGCCGGCCGGAUCCGAAGGAGCGGCCUGUGGGUACUGUUUCCGGGGUCGGAGGUGGGCGUGUGGUCGGUGAAGAGGCGGUCACGAUGCUGAUCAAAGUGAAGACACUAACUGGAAAAGAGAUCGAGAUUGACAUAGAACCCACAGACAAGGUGGAAAGAAUAAAGGAGCGGGUGGAAGAAAAAGAAGGCAUCCCUCCCCAACAGCAGCGGCUGAUCUACAGUGGCAAGCAGAUGAAUGACGAGAAAACUGCCGCUGACUACAAGAUCCAGGGUGGGUCUGUGCUUCAUCUGGUCUUGGCGCUGCGAGGGGGAGGCCUGCGAUGAUGGAGCUUCUACCCCUGUGCCCCCCUCUCCCCAACCCUCCCUAAGGCCCCAUGGACAGAUCCCUCCAUUUGAGCGUCUGAAAAGCAUUUAGCGACACUCCCCCCCACACACCCCCGGUUCCAGGACGAUGGCUGCUCCCUCCCUGGAUGCUUCCGCAAGCCGUUUGAGGGAGGCGCUGUUGAGGAGGGGGUGCCCUUGUAGGGGGAUGCAGCCACCUCUAUGGCCCCACUUCGCCUCCCACGUUUCCAUCCCAGCAAGUUCUCAAGAGCUGCUCGUUCCUCUGCCAUUUUUGGCACCCACGAUGUAACGUCCCCCUGCCCUGCAUUGAAAUGGCUGAAUGUUAAAUAAAAGUGGUUCACAACC